UGCUUUACUCAAUCACACAGCAGCGUCCGCCUCCGCUAUGUAUAACUUGGGCUCCUUCGCUGCGGUGUCCAUCUUCCAGGUGCCCACAAGACCACCCUAAUCCUGAUGCACUCGAUGCAAUGGUCUGAGCUUGCUGAACUGGAGAUAUACCACUGGUGUGGUGCCGCCUCCGCGGCGUUGCUCUUCUAUGAUUACAUUUUGACAUUUCCUCGGGAGGUUCGUUGCAUAUGGGGCCGCAGACUCUCGGGCGCGACGUUGCUGUUUCUUGUCAAUCGGUACUUCACGAUCAUAGUCGUGGCUUUCAAUGUGUGUAGUCUGGCCUUGUCAGGCAAGUCGGGUUGGUAUCGCCGCCCGGUUCAUGAAUAUGACAGCUGUCCUGCGCUCUCCAUAAUCAAUCAGACCAUGUCCAUCAUCUUCGCCCUCGUCAAUGCUGCAUUCCAUUCAUUGAGAGUGUACGCAAUCUGUCCUCACAGAAGCCGGGCGAUAAUCUUCAGUAUUGUCUUUAUGCUCGAGAUGGUACCGGCUUCUGUCGACGUGUUCUUCUUUACGAGGAUCUCCGACUUUGGGGCCAUGUACCUCCCUUUCAACGGUUGUGAGGUCUCUGGAUUCUCGGGCGUUGGAUGGUACUACCAUCUGUCUGCCGCGAUCGCUGCUGAUGCUGUAGUGGUCAUGCUGACAUACUGGAGGACGAUGAAUAUUCACCGAGCAUUGCUGAGGCAGGGUAGGAGACGCACUCUUGCGUCGAUGAUUUUGAAAGAUGGUGCGCUUCAGUUGACAAUCCUGAACAUCGCGACUGCCGUAGGAGUGAGGAUAAGGAACGGGAUCGUCGCGCAGUUCGCACAAGUUCUAGCAUCCAUCGUUUUCUCCAGAUUCAUCCUCGACUUGCGGUCCUUCUACUUAGAGGACAACCAUGACGAUGCAGGACAAUCUUCGAGCGAUGCGGCUUUUUCAAGUUCAGGCGUGUUCUCGACGGUCAUCUUUUUGCACGGGAGGUUGGUGGGCAACUUCGGAGCGCCGGUCGGGGAUUGGCUCGAAGAUAGUCACGAACAGCAUGGCAACUGCGUUGUUAUGCAGGACGUGGCUCACUUUUCGGACGAUCCGUUAUCUGCAGGGCUGCUGCAAUAGCAGCAUCCGGAGAGAGGGGGAGAGAGGCGAACAGUACCUGUCAAAGUUUGCACGUUAUUGAUGAGUGUGCAAAUCUGCAACUCUCCAACGAUGGAACACUUGGUGUCUUACGCAUUUAUUGGAUAGGGAAAAUCAACAGCAUGCACUGCAAUAUCUGAUCCAAUAUACUAUAAUGGUCAUUUCACGUUCACAAGAGUUCUCGUGAUGACUGUAUCAAUGAUUAGCUAUUUUGACGGGCCAUGUAGAGUAAGUAU